AUGUCAUAUCUUGAAGUAUUGAGGAUUAAUUGGCAUUGUAAAAAUUCUACUCUACCAUUGACUUUAGUCAAGUCAUUAGAACAAGUUGUUGGAACCUUAAAAGAGUUAGGUCUUUCACGUGAUCAAAAUCAAGAUCAUCUCUGCUUACCAGAUUCAUUGGCUUCCGUAUUUCCUCAAUUAAUCGCUUUGAAAAAAUUAAAUAUAAUUAAUUUUGAGCCAAGCCAAUUAUUACUCCAGUCGAUAAGUGAAAUGAAAAAUUUGGUACAUCUAAGAUUCAUGUGUUCUUGGCUGAACAAUGAUCCAGUUUUUGAUGAAAAAAUUAAUAUUGAUGAUGAUGAAGAUAGUGGCGAGGACUUUAUGCCUGAAAAAAUUAUAAAAAUUCCAUAUUCAAAAAUAAAAAGUAAACACAGUAUGACUGAUGUUGAUAAUAAUUUUUUGACCGAUGAUGAUAAUGGUAAUGAUGAUGAUGACAAUUGUUUGUCAGAUGAUAGCAAUAUACGUGUUCCUCAGGGUAGAUGUAUACCCAGACCAUUGAGUUCAGAUUCAUCACAGUCAUCAUCAAGUAUGAUUUUACCAAUAUCACAAGAUGAAAAUGAACAAGUUAAUGAACUGGUUGAUCUUACAGAUAAUUGUCAAUCACCACCGAGAUCACCAGUAGAAAGAUCUGCACUACCACUAAUACAAGCUGGAAAUUUAACGCCACAAUCAACAACUGAUUCAUGGAAAAAGGACAUGUUCAGUGAUGACGAUCAUGAAGAUUUGGUGGCCACAAUUAAUUUGCCAUCAACAUCAUCAUCAUCAAAUACGAAUACACCAGCUGUUAAUUCUCCAAGUAAAAGUGUGACUGAUGUUGAUGAUACUGUGUUGACUGAUGAUGAUGAUGAUGACGAGUAUAGUUGUGUAUCGGAUCAUUCAAGUAUACCACCUCUUCAUCGAAGAAAAAUAUUGAGACCAAUCAGUCCUUCUGAUAGUGAAAUUAGUUGUUUGACUGAUAUGUUGGCUAAAUGUACAUCACCAUCAUCUUCAAAUACAAAUACACCUGUUAAUUCUCCAUGUGAAAGUGUGACUGAUGUUGAUGAUACUGUAUUGACUGAUGAUGAUGAUGAUGACGAGGAUAAUUGUGAAUCGGAUCAUUCAAGUAUACCACCUCUUCAACGAAGAGCAAUAUUGAAACCAAUCAGUCCAUCAGAAAGUGAAAUUAGUAGUUUGACUGAUAUGUUGGCUAAAUGUACAUCACCAUCAUCUUCAAAUACAAAUACACCUGUUAAUUCUCCAUGUAAAAGUGUGACUGGUGUUGAUGAUACUGUAUUAACUGAUGAUGAUGAUGAUGACGAGGAUAGUAGUGGCUCAAAUGAUACAGCUAUACCUCUUCAUCGAAGAACAAUAUCGAGACCAAUUAGACCUUCUAAAAGUGAAAUAUGUAAUUUAACUGACUCGAUGGCUAAAUGUACAUCACCAUCACCAUCAACAUCAAAUACAAAUACACCUGUCAAUUCAUCAAAUAACAGUUAUUCAAAUUCAACUACGACAAAUGUGAGUUCUCAAACUACUCAUGAGAAUGAUCAUGAUGAUGGAAAAGACAAAUUUAUUCCAUACAAAAUAAAACCAACACCAUGGAGUCCUAGUAACAUAAAUUUUAUUGGAUAUAAUGAGUUGACAGCUACACGUUCAUCUAGUUUUAUUGAAUCAAAACCAUUUAAUAAUUCACAAUCACAAAGUUCAGAUCAACAAUCAUCAAUUGAUAUACAAAAGAAAAAUAUAAACACAUGUUCUAAUCAAAAACGACUAUGCAAAGCUUGCGGACGAAAAGGUCAUGGAACAAAAUUUAGCCAAAGGUGUAUCAAAAAUGUUGAUAAUAUACCUUUGGCUAAAAGACUUGAAAAAACAAAAUUAACACAAGCAAAUAAAAUUGAUAAAAUUAAAAAUUCAAAAUCAAAAGAGGCCAAAGCACUUCGACAAUUUAAUUAUCAAAAAAAAAAACGUGUUGGAAAAUUAAAAUCUGGACAACAAAAAUUUUCAACAAUCAAAUCAAUUAAAAUGAGUUUAAAUAGAAUUAUAAAAAACCAAGAGGUUAAAAAAAUAAUAAUUGAUGAUAUCAAAGUGUUAUCCAAAUUGUUUAAAGAAUUUUCUUAUUUUGUUAGUUUUUGUUUUAAUCAUGAACAAAAUGAGGCGAUUAAUGAUAUUGAAAAAUUGACAAAUAAAAAAGAAUUUCAUUUAAAUAAAUAUUUAAACAAAUUGACUUACUUCAGAACGAAAAAACGAAAAAAAGAAGAAGAUUUUAUUGACAAAUUAUUUAAAGAAUAUCAAAUUAUUAGAAAUGAAGUUGGUAUGCCAAUAGAAGGAUAUUGUGGAGAUUUAAGAACCAAUUUAAUAUCAAUGAAUUUAAUUAAUUUUGAAACAAAUUUCAUGAACAAUAUCAUAGUAAAUUGUCGAGUUAGAAUUGGUAAAUAUUUAAAGAUAGUUGGUAAAAUAUAUAACAGAAGAAAAAGAAAAAAAAUGUUGGACAACUUAUUGUUUAAAAAUAUCAAACCAAAAGAUAAAGAUAAUAAAAUAAUGGACAUAUUUAAUGAUUUCAAUUUAAACUUCACUGAAAUAAAAUACAAAUGGUGGAAGUUUAUGGGAUUUUUCAAGAAGUUAUCCAACAUUGACCUCAUGAACUUUCCAUUAACACCAAUUUACAAACCAGGCUUGAAACAUUUCAUGUAUAGUACCAGUUCUGUGUGGCAGUUAGCAAAUAGAGUUUUUGGAAAUAAAAAUAAAAAAUUGGUCAGAGAUUGGAAUCAACAAAAAAAGAUGUUCAACAAUAAUUAUUAUCAUAUGCAAAAAUUCAUUUGGAAGCAAUGUUUUAAGAUAAAAAAAAAAUUAAUUAAAAAAAAAUUUAAUUUUACAAUCAGUACGAAUGGUGUAACUGUUACAAUUCAUCUGAUGAAAGAAAUAAUUAAUAAUAAUUGUAAUGAUAAUAAUUUAUCAAAAAAAAAAUUGAAAACAACUGUUGGUGCUGCUGCUGUUACUUCUUCGACUACUACUACUACUACUGCCACUACUACUGCUACCACUACUUGUUCUACUGAUGACAAUAUCUCAAGUGAUGAAGAAGAUUAUGAUGAUAUUAAUGUUUUAUAUAAUUACACAGAUAUUGAUGAGAAUGAUGAUGAUAAUAAUAAUAUUAAUAAUAACAAUAAUAUUAUUGAUGAUAAUGAUGAUAAUUCUAAUCGAAUAUCUGAUGAAGAAUAUGAUAGAGGUAUUGGACUAGACCCAGGGAAUAAAAAUAUAAUAGGUGGUGUAAUUGUCCAAUCACUAAAUGAUAUAGGUAACAAAGAUAAAGAAGAACGUUAUUUGUUAACAAGUAAGGCUUUGCUUCAUAAAUCAGGUCAUUAUACACGUCAAUUUGUUAUUAAAAAAUUAAUUAAAAAUGUUGAAAAAGAAAAAAAGCAAGUUUAUGAUCAGUUUGUAGAAAUUAAAAAACAAGAAUUUGAAAAUAUUGUUGCAAAAUAUAAUCUGACAUGUAUGAAGCUAGAAGAGCCUGUAUACAGUUCACGACGAUAUGUAAGACUUCAAUUUGAUAAAUUUAUAAGAACAAAUGAAGCAGUAUCAAAAGAAGUGAAUUACUUGGAACAUGGUACAUAUGAUGGAAAAAAAACAAGUCAAUUAGAAAAAAAAACAUUGAUUUGUGGUGGUCAAUUUCAAAUAUCAAAAUAUAUGCGAGGCUAUCCAUCAGCACCAUCAUCAUUAACAACAAUUUUAUGUAAUAAAUGCAACAAUCCAUGUAUAACAAGUCAAUAA